CCUAACAAUUUUUUCAAGCACGUACCCGAGUCCGGGUCGGGUGAAACGAUCCGUUGCCACUCUAAAACCGCACCCACGAUUGCAUGGAUUUCCCCCCAAAACCCCGAGGAAUGAUUUUAAGCUCAAAAACUUGGAAUCAUUUUUGCUCUUUCCUUGUUGUUUUAUCAUACUUGUACCAGCAGGUCGCAACAAAGAGAUUCAAUUCAUUUAAUGCUGCUGGAGAGAGAGAGAGAAAGAGAAAGAGACAGAGUGUCGAUUAAUUCAAUGCUCGCAGAGAGAGAGAGAGAGGAGGCUAAAAAAUUGGGAGCUCUGCUUUAAAGAGAGAAAUAACGAUUGGGGUUUUCCGUACCUUAGAGAGAAAACCAGGAGUUAGAAUCUUUUUUCGUUUUUGUAGAGAAAAUGGCAAGUGGGGAAGAGGUGAGUAACCAGCAGAUCAUAUUGAAGAACUAUGUGACUGGGUUUCCCAAAGAAACAGACAUGGAGGUGGUGUCAAGCUCCAUUAAACUCAAAGUACCAGAAGGCUCUAACUCCAUUCUUGUGAAGAAUCUCUACCUCUCUUGUGACCCCUCACUGAGGGUUAGAAUGCGAAAACCAGAAAACUUGGGUUAUUUCGUUGGCUUCACACCUGGCUCUCCAGGUUCUCUAAGUCAUGAUUUCCUCUCUCUCCACUCUGUUCUAAGUAAUUUUGGUGUGUGUAAAGUGUUGGAGUCGGGGCAUCCAAAUUUUAAAGAAGGUAACUUGAUGUGGGGUGUCACUGGAUGGGAAGAGUAUAGCUUGAUUUCAAUGACGGAAUACCUGAUGAAAAUCACUAACACUGAUGUGCCUCUUACCUAUUACAACGGCCUUUUAGGAAUGAAUGGGCUGACAGCUUAUGCAGCCUUUUUUGAGGUUUGUAGCCCUAAGAAAGGGGAAUAUGUUUAUGUAUCAGCAGCAUUUGGGACAGUUGGGCAACUUGUUGGCCAAUUUGCUAAGCUUAUGGGAUGCUAUGUUGCUGGUUCCAAAGAAAAAGUGGAUUUAUUGAAGACUAAAUUUGGGUUCGACGAUGCAUUUAACUAUAAGGAAGAGGAGGACUUGGCAUCCACAUUGAAACGGUACUUUCCUGAGGGCAUAGACAUCUAUUUUGAAAAUGUGGGUGGUGUCAUGCUUGAUGCUGUGCUAUUAAACAUGAGACUCCAUGGAAGAAUUGCAGUAUGUGGAAUGAUCUCUCAAUACAACCGUGCUAAGUUAGAGGGAGUGAACAACCUCUUCUAUCUUUUAACUAAGAGAAUUCUCAUGAGAGGCUUCUUUGUACUAGACUAUGGUCACUUGUAUCCUCAAUUUUUAGAGACCACUAUAAAGCAUUUGACAGAGGGAAAGAUAGUGUAUGUUGAAGAUGUUGUAGAAGGCCUAGAGAAGGCCCCCUCUGCCCUUGUAGGGAUCUUUCAGGGCCACAGUGUUGGAAGGAAGGUGGUUCUCCUGGCUCGAGACUGA